AGUAAAGCGACCGACCGACUGAAGGGGCACAGGAAGAGGGGCGAGGGCCGCACGUUUGCCCCGGCGCCCCUCGGAUGCUGCGGCGGCCGCGGCUCCCGCCGGGCUACGGCAAAGGCGACCUGCCGCAUUCCCAGUCGGGCUCUCCGCCGACUCAGCACCGCCCCUGCGCCAAGCCGGCAGGCCAGCGUCCAUCGAUUGCCCCGGUGGGAGCUUAGAAGGCGGCAGGCGAAGAGGGCUAGGAGGGGGGAGAACCAAGGAGAAGCAGAGGGGGUGGCAGGCGAGGGGAUCUGCUGAGCUGGCUCUACAACGGGUCCUAGGAGGGCUCGAGGAGGGGAGGGGAGGCCAGGGUGACCCCGGAGCGAUGGCCGGGUCCGCUAGAACAGCGCUGAGUUAAGGCCACCUCGGAGCAGGAAGAAACAUCAACCCUCCCCCACACCCCCGACCCGGCGAAAAGCUGCACCCGGGGCUGCAGGCGAGGGGGAUUCCAAACUGAGGAACAGGCGGGGCGGAAGGGACAGUACUGAGGAGCCAAGUGGUGGAUCUCUCCACCUGCCGGCUUGAAAGCCCCGCCCCCUGGGCGCGGGGAGACGCGCGGGUCCCCCCCACCCCGCCUCCCUCGCUCCUCCCCAACCCGGGUCCGCCCCCGGUCUCCCGCCGCCGCCCCCCGCUUCCAUCAUGACGGUGAUGCCGGGAGACAACGUGGACGAGGCCUCGGCCGCCCCGGGCCACCCCCAGGACGGCAGCUACCCGCGGCCGGCCGAGCACGACGACCACGAGUGCUGCGAACGCGUGGUCAUCAACAUCUCGGGGCUGCGCUUCGAGACGCAGCUCAAGACGCUGGCGCAGUUCCCCAACACCCUGCUGGGCAACCCUAAGAAACGCAUGCGCUACUUCGACCCGCUGAGGAACGAGUACUUCUUCGACCGCAACCGGCCCAGCUUCGACGCCAUCCUCUACUACUACCAGUCGGGGGGCCGGCUGCGGAGGCCGGUCAACGUGCCGCUGGACAUGUUCUCCGAGGAGAUCAAGUUUUACGAGCUCGGCGAGGAGGCCAUGGACAAGUUCCGGGAGGACGAGGGCUUCAUCAAGGAAGAGGAGCGCCCCCUGCCCGAGAAGGAAUACCAGCGCCAGGUGUGGCUGCUCUUCGAGUACCCGGAGAGCUCGGGGCCGGCCCGGGUCAUCGCCAUCGUCUCCGUCAUGGUCAUCCUCAUCUCCAUCGUCAUCUUUUGCCUGGAGACGCUGCCCGAGCUGAAGGAUGACAAGGACUUCAUGGGCACCGUCCACCGCAUCGACAACACCACGCUUGUCUACAGUGCCAACAUCUUCACAGACCCCUUCUUCAUCGUGGAGACCCUCUGCAUCAUCUGGUUCUCCUUCGAGCUGCUGGUGCGCUUCUUCGCCUGCCCCAGCAAGACAGACUUCUUUAAGAACAUCAUGAACUUCAUCGACAUCGUGGCCAUCAUCCCCUACUUCAUCACCCUGGGCACUGAGAUAGCCCAGCAGGAGGGGAACCAGAAGGGCGAGCAGGCCACCUCGCUGGCCAUCCUCAGGGUUAUCCGGCUGGUAAGGGUUUUUAGAAUCUUCAAACUCUCCCGCCACUCAAAGGGCCUCCAGAUCCUGGGUCAGACCCUCAAAGCUAGCAUGAGGGAGCUAGGGCUGCUUAUCUUUUUCCUCUUCAUCGGGGUCAUACUGUUCUCCAGUGCAGUUUACUUUGCCGAGGCGGAAGAAGCUGAGUCGCACUUUUCCAGUAUCCCCGACGCUUUCUGGUGGGCGGUGGUGUCCAUGACCACCGUGGGAUACGGUGACAUGUACCCUGUGACAAUUGGAGGCAAGAUCGUGGGCUCCUUGUGUGCCAUCGCUGGUGUGCUGACAAUUGCCCUGCCCGUACCUGUCAUUGUGUCCAAUUUCAACUAUUUCUACCACCGGGAGACGGAGGGGGAGGAGCAAGCCCAGCUGCUCCACGUCAGUGCGCCUAAUUUAGCCUCUGACAGUGACCUCAGUCGGCGCAGCUCCUCCACUAUCAGCAAGUCUGAGUACAUGGAGAUUGAAGAGGACAUGAACAAUAGCAUAGCCCAUUUUAGACAGGCCAGCAUCCGAACUGGCAACUGCACCCUAGCUAACCAAAACUGUGUUAAUAAGAGCAAGCUACUGACUGAUGUUUAAAACAGCCAAGCCAACACACUAAAAAGCCCCCCCCCCCACUUAGCAGCUUGAAAGACUUAAGACACCAAACAGAACCAAACCCCGAGUGACCCAGGUCACUCUUUGUAGAUACUUCACUAAGUAGUCUUUGAAUGCUCUAUUUAACUGUCAAUGCGUUGUGGCAUUGCUGUUUGGGGGUGGCGAGCUUUCAGGAGCCAUGAAAAAAAGAAACUAUUUUCAUUUUAUUAAAAAAAAAAAAAGGGAAAAGAAAGUGUAUUUUCUAAAACUGGUUUAAAAUAACUCAGUCCAUGAACUAGUCUAGGUAAAAUAAGAUUCAUAUGCUUCCCCAUUUUUAAUCCCUGUUGGCUUUUUCAAUUUUUUUUUCCUUUUAACUAAGAAUCACAUGAUCACUUAGGAAUACAAUUAAAAUUUGCAUGGGACUCCAAGAUGAAAUCUUUGCAGACUGCACAGCACACUGAAGGCCGUGCAUCAGGGGUGUUCUGUGUAGCAUGAUAUAUGCCCACUGAAACAGGCAGCGGACAGAUGUUUUUAUUCUGAUCAACAGAACUGCGUAUUCCAAGGUGAAAAAAAAAAAUUACUCGAGACUGGUUCACAAAGCACCUUAUAAAUCUGAUACUGGUCCUGGUCUGUAGAGAUUUUCCCUCUGCCCCAUUCCCUUCUGAUUCAAACUCUUCUCCAAGAAAAAAGAUAACUGAAUGAAAGUCACUGGUUCAUCUGCAGUGCUGCUAAGAUUCUCGACUGCAGAAGCACCCAGUGGGUCUUUUCUCCCCAGUCCUGCACCCUGACCCCUGGCCUCAGAGCUGGAUGCAAAACCUUAGCCUCCUUAUCGCAAGAGAGCACAGGUGGAACCAAGUGUGCGCAUGUUUGAAUCUGACCAUAUUUAUUUUGUAAUCGCAUGCCAAGAACGUGAACUCAGACAAUAGGGGAUAAGCUUACUUUGGAAUUGACUCUUCUAAAAAUAGAUCCUUCUUCAUUUGCAUUCACCAAAAGUGCACUCCUUCAUUUAUUAACUACUUUAUUAGUAAAUAAAGUACUGUAUUUAAGUCCAUAUGUUAGUCCGAUGGGAACAGUAACUUUUUGGAGCUCAAAGCAUGUUCUCUUAUCCAGCAUUAUGGCCUCUUUGAUUAAGAUGUACCUUGAAUUAAUUAGUGCAUGAUUAAUUUAAUUAAAACAUUAAAAAUUAAUAAAAAUUACAAGUUUGCGGGACAAAGGGCCCAAAAGAAAUAAUGGGGGGUGGGGGUGGGGGGCACUCAGUCAAUUUUCCUGCCUUUGCUCAGGGAAGUGUCAGGUGUCUGUGCAGAUGUAGGCAGAGAGGGGACCAAUACGCCCAUCCCUUAAAGGGAAGCUCUGUGGAAGACUAAGAUAUAUAGCAACACCUAAGAACUAAGCAUUCUUUUCUAGCUGAAGAUAAACACAAGCAAAACAAACAAACAAACAAACAAACAAAGGUGCAUACUGCAUGUGAUCUGGUGCAUUCUUAAGAUGUAAAUGAAAGUGUUUAUCCAUCGUAUGCAUCCAAAGCAGAGCUGAUUUCUUUUUGCAGUCCUGAUCUGAAGUCCUAAGACUUCACCCCCCUUGCCCCCACCUUGAGGCUCCCUGAAGAAACUCAACCAAUUGAUUUAAUAGUUGCUUUAGUGCCUUUAUCCUGUACCCACAGCGAACUGCAGAAAGUGCCUCCAUUAACCAAGCUGAGAAGUUAUGUAACAAAAGGGAGGAAGGGUUGGGGCACAGAUCUUUGGCUUUUCCUUUUUCCACCCUCGCUGUCUCCCUGCACGCCAUGGGGACCCCGCACCGUCCGGCACCCGGGACGGGAGACAUCCGAGAGGGGCCUGCCUCUCUCAUCCACUGGACUCAGUCCCUUCGGCAGCGUGACUGACGUGGGAUGGACACUGGGGCCUGAGACCCAUCUUCGAAUUGGAUGAGAACUGUGAACUGGUUUUCCCUUCUUCUCCACCAGAAGCCAAUAUAAACUCUUGGGGAGUUUGUUUCCUCUUGAGGGUUGCUCUGGACAAGCCAGGUUUCCUCGGGGCCAGCCUGGCGGUCCCUGCACAUCUCUGCGCUCCUCCUCUGUCUGCCACAGCACUUUGGCCACCCUCUGCCACCCGAUCUUUGCAGGCAUCAUUGUGGAUGUGAGAAUGCUCCAUUCAGAGCAACCUUCCCUAGACCUUGUCUCCUGGCCCCUCCUUCGAGUAUUUCCUACGAUGUUCCUGGGAUGGUCCACCUGGUAGCCACUUCGCAGGUUGAACAUCUAACUUCUGUCGCCCCUGGCACCCAGGCCAGAGAACGGUGGGGACCCUGUGCCUAGCUGAGAGAAAGCCACAUCACACCGGCCUCUGGAGGCCAGCAGCCGUCCACCUCCAGGGAGGCACUCACAGCCUUUUGAAGGACCCAAAGUGGGGAUCCUCAUUCUGCAUUUAGCACGCGGCUGCCUGCUGCCCAGCGCCUUUCAUCCCUGCCCUGCUGCUUCUGGAAAUCUUCCCCGUGACUUCCCUCCCUCCCCCAUCCUACCUUAGAACUAGCAGUGAGGCAAUAAAGCACCAAGCUGGAGUCACACCCAGGCUGACUGACUCAGUGGAAAGAAAGAACUUGAACGUGUUCUUUUCCUGUGCGGCUUCUCUGAAUCUGGAAGAAGGACAGGACACAUGCCGUGGAAGAUGGGGCGAAGGACAGCACAGCAUCUGACCUCCCUGCAGUGUUUCCUUCUGGUUUCGACCUCGACUCAUCCUGGCUGUUUCUGUCCCACCUGCUUAUAAAACGGGGAAAAAGUGUCAACCUCCCCCACAGCUCCAGAGAGUAUCUUGAUCUUUUAUUUAGACUUUGAGGUCGAGGACACACAGAACUUGAAAGGCUGCACUCUGUCAACAGCAAUAAUCCGCUCAGUACUGUGGGAUGGUGGGUCAGAGGAUGAGAACAGGGCCCCAGGACUGAGAAGACUGGCUUGGGCCCCCGGGGCCCGCUCUCGCAGCGCCUCGCUGCCCCGGGCGGGCCCUUCCGCAUGUGUCACCGGCAGGAGUGCUGCAUGCUGCCGGCCUGCCGCCUGGGUCGGGGAGGAGCUGUUGUUACGAGUCUGGGUGGUUUGGGGAAAAUGAAUGCUGCUUAUCCAUCUGUAGCUCUUUGAAACCAAGUGAGGAAGACUGGAGCACAGGGACGGUCUGUGUAGCACAGGCACGCGCCGGCUGGCAGAGCUCUCACCCCUUUGCACAGGAACGUGCUGAAAUGGUUUUGUAGACCUGAAGGUGCGCUUAACAAAACUGCCUACUAUGGAGUGGCUCUCCUUGGAUUUCCUUCCUUAUGUUUAUGUGAUCAGGCUUUGUACCUUUUCGUCCCCUUCCUAGCUCUUGAGCGUUCACGGCUCAUGUCUUGAACACUGGUUUUCUCCAGCAGGGGAAGACUUCUGACGCGCCGAGAGCCAUAGCCCUGCCCUUCCGGUGUACUGAGGCCCUAGUUCAAUAGGGCGGCAGCGGAGGGGCUGGGUCACACCAGGGCUGCUAGCCUUCCCAGAAUCUCGGAAGUGGUUAACUCACCUCGAGGGAUCUGAAUCAGAGAGACCAAAGACAUUAAUUUCCUCUGUCCUCAGAUUCAAAGAAGACAGAUUGUAGCCAGGAGAGGCUUUUGUGUUGGCGUUGCCUCCUCCCCAUCUGCGCGCAGCCCUCCCUCCCCGCCCCCUUGAGAGCUGAGUUCUGAUGAUCAGUGAAAAUGGUUCAUUGUGUCAGUGAGUUGGCCCAGCAAGAUCCAGCACACCAAGAGCAGACCCUUCUCCUGGAGUGUGGCCGAGGGACAGUCACAUUUCCAAAGUGAGACUGUCCGGUCAGCUUAGAUUUCACUGUGGAGUCUUGACUCACUUGAGAAUAAAUAAAAAUGGUAAAGUGAGGAAUAGAUGUCUUUAAGUAAGAAAGAGUUUGGUUUAGUCCACCGAGGGCCUUCUUCGUGUUGUGUGUGGUUACAGAUUUUUCAAAUGAGUGAACAUCUGACAACCCAGUAGAAAUCGUUUCCCAAUCCUCCCAUUUACUAGGAGACCUCAAAACACAUGCGUUUCAAACAUUGAAUUCCUUGUUCCAUAGAUGGGACUGAACCGAAGGAGAGGGCAAGUGCCCCCUUUCUCCCAGGAAUGGCUCUCUCCUGGAGAGGUGAGAGUCAGUGCAUGGGAACCAUCCGCAGCAUGAAAUUGUUAGCAUAUAAACUGCUAAACAGCCAUUUUAUCUUCCCGCUUUUUUGAGAAAGGAUGGAAUCUUUCAAUGUUUAUGUUUGUUUUAAGAAGACCAACAAACACACCUUUUUAAACCAGACACAACCCAAGUUAAUCGCCAUCUCAGGAGGUGGCCUCUCGUCCACCGUGCGAUGCAUUCGCGCUCGCAUUUAUCCCGUGGGAUUUCAGGGUAAACUCGAACAUGUCCAGCAUGACUCAGGUAGACCUUAGAAGAACGUGCACUACUUAUUUUUGUAAAGACUCGAAGAGGAGCCGAGUUGUUAACCAAAACCGGUCCGUUGCCUUGGGUCACUGUGCAAACUCAUUCAGGGUAUAGAUGUAAGGCUCGGAAAUCUUGGGAACAAACGCCAAUCUCUUUGCUCAGGCAAAAUGACCAUGGGCUUUCUUGAGAAGCCCAGGUGCAUGUACGGGGUGAAGCUCUGCUGUCCUCAGGACCAUUAGCUUUCAGGACAUUAGCCCGAGUUGCAGUGACUUUCAUUUAGGGGCUAAUGAGGGGUUUACUUUUUAUGACACGAGACUUCGAAGAGGAGAGAAAAGUUUUGUACCACAACCAGGGAGGAAGAAGAAAUGGUGUAAGGAAAUAAAGCAAAAUGAAACACAAAGCCCUCGUGAAAUAUCCCAGGUCCGAGUUCCCUCCUUUCCAAAAGCUCCAGACACACCUUUCUUCUCUUCCGUGCGCUGUUCACUCAGCGGCUGUAAGUAGGAAGGACGGGCUUUAUGUGACAUACCUCUGCUAUUAAAGAGCACGUUUCACCACGGUUAAAGAUACCAACUGAGUAGUCUUCAAGUGCACCAUCAGGACAACAAACCAUUUAAGCUGAAACAGCGCUAUUUCAUGUGUUGAGUUGGCCAGUUGCUUACGCCUUGAGUUAAGGACGUGUCCCAUUGGCACCUGCUGUGCAUUCUCCCUGCCCUAACUGUUGACUAGGUCGGGUAGAGGACGUUGAAUGUUACGAAUCGAGAGCCUGAUUGAAGUGCAUAGUUUCCAUCUAUGCAAUUUUACUUGCUUCUGUCACUUUAUGAUCUGUUCAUAUUCGGCAUCAAUUAAAGAUAAUUUUUAAGGAUCUUAUCAAGGAACAUCUUGACUGGUUAUUUGUCUCUUGUUUAAAACAGUGUUUCAGAAACCCUUUCUGGGGGUGGGGUGUCUCUUUAAAUAACAUGGUGAAUCCAAGAUAUAAUUGAAGCAACCUCACUUUCUUUGAAACUCAUGGACUCUUUCUUCAGUGCAACACCGCGGUUGAAUUUUAACAAUACCUUUGCAGUUUGGUCUCAGGUAGGCUCCCAAGUAGAGGGGGUCGGAAUUUGACCAGUGGGGAUCAAACUUGGAAAAGGGGAAAAGAAAUGAGGCCCAAGGGAGUAAAGCAAUUGAUUAUAUUUGCUUAAAUUGUUUUUGAUUUGAAACUGUAUUCUUCGUUUGCCGACCAAGCUUUACAGGAAGGAUAGUGGUGUGUGUGUGUGUGUGUGUGUGUGUGUGUGUAAUAGCGCCGUGGUCUGGCAUCCAGUAGCUUGACAGUUACUCUGUGGUGUUAGAAGUGAUUUUGUUAUGUCAGAGCGCAGUGAUCCCAAAGUGUGCUUCACAGACGCUUUCCCCGCAUAGUUCUAUGUGUGGUUAAUAUUUCUUUCUUCCUAUUUAUUUUAAAAAUGAUGCAUUGAUACACUUUUUUUCAUUCUUCCUGAGAUUUAGAGAUUCUCUCUCCUUCCUUGUGACUAUCACGUUUUACACAAGCUCUUUGACGCUAAAGAAAACAAGGUUCCAUGCUCGGUGGCAGGUGUCUGUCCCAUGCCAAACGCUUUGGGGGGGCUGGUACGCCGUCCUGGAACUGGAUUGCACUGUGAGAGGUUCAAAUGGUAAGAGUCGGAGACAAAUCUUGCUUUUGCUGUGGAAGUUCCCACUGAAAGCAGAUGAUGAGGCCGGGCAGGCUGCCCACCAUUUUUCUGUUGUGGCUGGAAAACAGGCAAGGCUGAGCUCUGGCCGAGAAGGGUCCGAAAGAGCUAGAACCACAUCAGUGCGGUGGGCCCACGAGCCAGGGCACUCAUAGCCCCGAGGGUGCUUCUCAGAGCUCUUCUUGGAGCAGAGGCAGGCAGAGCCAGGUAGCGGCAGGGGCAGGGCGACCCCGGAGUGUAUUGUUGACAGAGCUUCAGAAUGAAGCCAGGCUGGUUUUAAGGGGGGCCAGGCAGAGGAGUCAAGAACAGAGGUCUGACGUAACGCGACGCGAGCUCCUCUGCCUCUGGGUCGGGAAGCUGGCUGAAGCUUCCUGCCGUCAGUCUAGACUUGCAGAGCCCACCAGGCCUGAGGGUGGGGGGAAGGCGAGCCCUGAGGCUGGGCAGAGUGUGCCCCAUGGCAAAGUCCUGUGUGGGUAAGACAGCGUGGUCAUGCCUCAGGACUGGAAAGCAGCCCUUUGAACCAGCUUAAAACCAGAUAAUCAAAAAAUUCUACUAAAUUAAUUGAAUCCAAUAUACCUUAGAUUAAAAAUUUUUUUUAAUUAAUUUUUUUGGGAGGGAGAUAAUUGAUUUAUUUACUUUUAUUUAUUUUUAGUGGAGGUACCGGGGAUUGGACCCAGGACCUCGUGCAUGCUAAGCAUGCGCUCUGCCACUGAGCUAUGCUCUCCCCACUACCACUGAUUUUUAAGAUGCACCCUUGUUUGACACAUUUGUAAGAAAGAGAGAACUUUGACAAUUAUGACUGGCCUUUACAUUGAUUCAUCCUGGUUUUAGAGAUGUAAGAACGUAAACAGAACAAAACAAAAGGAAUCAACAUCAAAUCACUAUGUUGCACACUUGAAACUAAUUUAAUACUGUAAGUCAACUCUACUUCCAUAAAUUUUUUUAAAAAAGGAAAGAAUCUUCAAAUUGAUGAACUACAGGGGUUCUAAUGUGUGUUCCCCUUUGUUUCCUGGUGUGACAAUAAGUCUGAAUUCUAAACCCAUUACGGAGGGCAGUUUCUUGAACCCUGGCUAGAACCUUUAGGUCUUCUUUGAAUUACCUUCUUAUGCGACAGUGUUUUCGCUCAGCUCUGGCCUUGACUUAGGCUUUGGGCUGAUACCUUUUGGAGCUCCCUGUCUUUAUGUUGUUGGGCGUCCAGAGAUCAUUUACCUUAGAGGGCCUUAGAUCGCGUUCUGUCUGAAUGGUUAUUAGCUGGGGGUGUGCUGGAAGGUGGAGCGUCAUAUGGCAAAGAAAGACUCGUGAGCUGUGCUUAGGGCUGUGGGCUCUUUGAGGCUUUAAGUUGCUCAUAUAUAAAAAGGAAAUGCAAAUACCGCGUAGGGUUGUGUGGAUUAAAUGAGGUAAGUUAGCACGGUCCGUAAAUUCGAGCAUGUUCCAUGAAUGUGAGAUAUUAAGAGAGAUGUUACUAUAGAAUUAUAAUGGUGAGCGGAGGAGCAGGGGGAGGAGAUGGACUUUACAGGAAGACUCCGGGGGAUCAGAGGCUUGAUUCAAAGAUUAACUGUACGAUGUGGAACUUGAAAGCUUGGGGCAGAGAUGUUUCCGGGAGGAAACUUCAGUACAUCCCGCGUAUUUGCCAGGUAGGCAGUGGCCCCACAGAACACGAAGCCACUGUUUCUAGUUUUGUUUUUCCCUUGCCCUGCUUUUAAUACUGUUUUACCUCUUCAGACUCCAAAUAUCAAGGGUGAACUGUCAUGCAAAAAGCUGAGGAAAAAGAAGGUAUCUUUAAUAAUUUUCAUCUCUUCUCUUUGCCUCAUUUCCCCCUUGUGCAAAAUAUUGUGUCAUUUGAAUUUUUUUUCUUGCCACCUGUGAAUAUUGAAAAAUAAAGCAAGAUGUUGUUUCCAAAAUUUUCUCCUAUGCUUGUCUGAGAGACAUUAUAUAAAUAUAAAAACCUAUUCUUAACUUCCCUUGCUAGAAAUAAAUCACCCUCACGAGCAUGUGUGAGUCAAUACAGCCUUUUUCUGGACUAGCACCUAUGCUACAAAGAUGCUCAUGAAAAUUUAUAAGUUAUAGUAUCUCUCCAGGGGUCCAGCCCUUCUUUCAUAAAACUGCAUCAAGGAGCUGUGAUUUCGAUAGCAGCAAGACUGUCAUCUGGUUUUCUUAAGGAAUUUCAUUGUAAUUAAGUAAGGAGUUGAGUAUCUGAGAAUCUUUGGUUCAGGAAACAUUUUCUAGACGUGAAACUUCAAGUGUGAGAUUGAGUUCUCUAAUUGCUUAUUUUUUUUUUUUUAAAUAGAUUUGACAUGAUCUGUUCACGUUUGCUCGUUUGCUGUAAUAGUGUUUCAAGUGCUGAGCAUUAAAUGCAUUUUAGGGACAUUUCUAGAGAAACUAAUUCUAGUUGAAAUGUAUUUUUUCAGAAUUGAAAUCAGAGGACAAUGAAUGACCAGGUGAUUAAGCUUAAGCUUAAGCUUGGGAUAAUUUAAGUUUUGAGCACAGGGCCAAAUCCAACUUUUAUUAAAAAUGCAUAUUCCUCAACUCUUGAGUUAAGGGUGUUUGGAAAUCCAAGACACUUUAUCUCUACAGUGAUUUUCUUUUUCAUUCAAUACAAUAUAAUUAUUUCAGUAUUUCAGAAAAGGAGUAAUUUGGUUUUAAGUGAAUUUCCAAGAGAAUCUCUCUGGGACUGAGAUUUCCCCCACGAAGUGUUUCCUCUUCAUUAACAGCCAAAACAGAAGUUUUGGAGAAUGGUUGUAUGUAAGUCAGUCCUACAAGAAGGGACGCCCAGCUCAGUUUUUGAAAAAUCACAGGAGAUCAGCUUAUUUUUAUUUUAUUUUAUUUUAUUUAAAAAAAAUUUUUUUUUGAGAUCAGCUUAUUUUUAAGAGACAUUUCCAGUUAAGGUGGAAUGGUUUUCUUUUAAGUUUCUGGAGGAUGAAGAUCCCAUUUGUUGGGAUUUUUAAAAUAAUGCCUAUCUCUAAUGGAUAAAGGGGAGUCCUCUUAAUGCCAUUUCAUCGCAAUGUAGAUAAUUCAGAAAACAGAAUAAUGUAACUUUAUAACAUACAUGUUGAUUAGUGUGUGGGAAGAAAAAUGGUUGUCCACUGCAGGAAUUUCCAAGCAGUGCAUCAAAGUGGUGUUUCAAGGCAGGAAUGCCCACUGGAUGGGUGAGAGGAGGUUGUUCAGCACGAGGAAGCCGAAUACUUGACUUUAAUUAUAAUUCUCCGGAGUCUGCAGUGAGAGUAUGAUGGUUAACAUGAGAACUGUGGUGUUUCAUCUGCCUGAAGGUGGGAAGUUUGGCAUAGGAUGGCCUUCCAGUCUGCAGCUUUAAUGGAUGACCAGGAAAUGGGUCGACAUUGAAGAGAUUUAAGAGCUUGGCUCAUCUGCUGUACAAUAAGCCAUGUCCUAGUCACUCAUUAAUUACCCUUGCUUAUUAUGGUGACUGAAAUAAUGGCUUAUCAGUUAAUGUGAUGGACUAUUAUGCUGUUUAAUACAAGCUAUAUAAAUAGUCUUCUAGGUCAUUUUAAUGAGCUCAACGGUCAGCCAAGUUGUGGUGGAAAUGGUGCCAGACUCUGCGCUAAAUUAUCCAGGAAGUUUGCUGGUGCUCAGUAAGGUAGACCCUUGUUAUCACAGUUUAUUUAAACCGAGUCUUACAGAGAGAAGUGGGAUUCAUUAGAUGAUUCUAAGGUAUGAUCUUGGGAAGCCCCAGGACUCUAGAGUCCAAAACUUAAAAACACCAUUUCCGUAGGUCCCAGACCUACAUAGUGACCUAAAGGGAAAAUUAUUUAAGAUGAUUUUUAUAAGGCAAAUUCUUGUAAUGUGAACGAAAGUAACCAUGUUUCACUUAAAUGCAUUUCCUUUGUAUCUGAUGAUUUUAUUUUAGGUGCAAGCUCCGCCAUUCACAUACAUUAUACAGUAACUCUGCGGGUGGAAAUUCUGAACCGCUCAGCCUGUUACAGCGAUUCCCAGCCUCUGACUGGGCUGACGUUGAACCUUGUUGUGUCGGAUUCAGUUCCCCAAUUUAGUUCACAUAGUAGUUGAGAUUCUUAAAAAACAAAUAAACAAACAAACAAACAAAA